GCCCGUCGAAGUUUAGGGAGGAGUAAGAACUGGCCAUAAAUGGGCAGUUUACUGUUUUGUCACACUGGUUAGUGACUGCGCCAAUGCUAUGUUAUUUUGAAAGUGGGGGUGGUAAGGGAGGGGGUACCUGGAACUUGGUGCAGGUUUACGCCGAUCCGGUGUUACUGCGCAUCGCGGUAGAAGAACAUCCGGAAUUGGAGGAGGGGGUCUGGGCUGUCUUCGAUCCCGGGGACCAUGCUGCCUGGUGAGAAGGCGGCUUAUUCGACGUCCCGGUGGUAGUUUCCGGGGUUUUUGUUCAGGUGCAAUUUGCCGAAUUCAUGUAGAGGAAACUGCUUCUUCGGCCAAACCUUCGUAACAUCAAACGGAUCGAACCCCAAUUUCCGCGGAUCC